AUCAAUCCGGUCAAGGGUCACCAUUUACCUGCAAAGGGAGGGUGAAAUUUUACCACGUUUUGUCUCUUUCUUGUCGUCAAAACACUUCUAGCUAGCUACCCCUGGAGAGUGACAGUCGACUCCUAAGCUUCUUCCUGUAUAGAAGGGUCCUUUGUAAUCGUUUGGAAGGCAGACAAAUGGAGAAGAGCGUGCAGCCAAGCGAAAGAGGCGCGGGCGAUUCUUCUUCAGCCUCUGCGAGUGCAAGUUCCAGUAAAGCGGUUGAAAUCCCGACCGUGGCACAGGUUAUCGAAACGCAGGCCAAGUCCGCUUCUGCUUCGGGCGGGUCGUCUGUCUCUGGACCCCCGGGCUCGCUUCCACACCCGGGGUUCACCCUCUUCAAGCAGGGCGCCGAGGCCAGGCUGUACCGGGGCACGUUUCUAGGCAAACCCACGGUACUGAAGGAACGGUUCAGUAAGAAGUACAGGCACCCCAGACUGGACGAAAAGCUGACAACCAAGAGGACACAGGGAGAAGCCAGGACAGUGGCUCGGGCAAGGAAAGCAGGUAUCCCCACCCCCUGUAUCUACUUUGUCAACUACCAGUCCAACUGUAUCUACAUGGAAGACAUGCAGUCUGCGACCACCUCGCGUGACUACAUCGUGGCUGUGCAGUCCAUCCACGCAGGCGACAGCUUCGGCGCCCUGCAACCAAUCAUGGACAAGAUCGGAAAAACCCUCGCGACCAUGCACGACGGAGACAUCAUCCACGGAGACCUGACCACGUCUAACAUAAUGCUGAAACAGGACGCAACGAUGCCUGAGCCGCAGGUCAUUCUGAUCGACUUCGGUCUUAGCUCGGUGUCUCAGCUCCCUGAAGAUAAGGGGGUGGAUCUGUACGUCUUGGAGAAAGCGUUUCUCAGCACACAUCCAAACACUGAGACACUGUUCCGUGUCAUUCUUAAAAGUUACACUAAACACUCAAGAAAGGCAAAGGAUGUUAUUAAGAAGUUAGAUGAAGUAAGGCUGAGAGGUAGGAAGCGUACAAUGGUUGGAUGAUACUGUACAUGUGUAACAGUGUAAUUUACGGAGCUUUUUUACAUUUUGUUAAGAGUAACUCUUGGCAUGUUCCUCUUUCUUUGAAAAGUAAGUAAUUUUUGUACCAAACAAAUGCUUCACAAGACAGGUACCGGUGAUAUGACCUUGAAAUAAUUACGUACACGUGGGAGUAUCACUAAUAACUUCAUGUAAGUUAUACCAUUUAGAGUACACACCAAUGUGCCCUGAAAACAGUUCCUUGCAGAGGUUUAAGUUGUUCAGUAUAUAUAGAUUUUGCAGAUAUGGCUAGUCUUACAAUAAAGAUUUCCU